UGAAAAGGUACGUCUUCGCUCCACGCUUCAUCCGGGGUACACGGCUCCAUGGAGACGCAGAGAGCGAGUGAGUGAGUGAGUGAGUGAGUGCGGUGUGUGUGUGUUGUGAGGAGCACAAACCAAAGUAAAGUGAGCGGAGGAGACUCGGCAGAGAGCAAGGAGAACGGUGUCGUCUAACAAUGAGUGUUUCGCGGUGUUGAACGAUGAGCCAACUUCGCCGGUCGCCUCGAAGCGGAGCGAGACACUCUUGAGCCCCGAAAACGAGAGCUUCCUGGCGGCGGAGGAGAAGGGGGAGAGAGCGAGUAUGAAGAAGCCGAGCGCCCCGCUGCCUGUUAUGGGCUUGACUGGGAAAUGGUAGCGUACUGUGGGGACCGCACUUGGAAGGAACAUGGUCGAGAGGAGCAGCAAAUUCUUGUUGAUCGUCGUCGGAUCCGUGUGUUUCAUGCUGAUUCUCUAUCAGUACGUGGCCCCCGGGGUGAUCAAUUUCGGCUCCCCGCACGGUUACUUCGCGGAGGAGGACGAGGGGGACAUCUUCCCCACUCCGGACCCCCAUUACGUUAAGAAAUACUUCUUCCCCGUCAGGGACCUGGAGAGGACGAUCGAUUUCCAAAUCAAAGGAGAGGACGUGAUCGUGUUUUUGCACAUCCAGAAGACCGGCGGGACUACCUUCGGCAGGCACCUGGUCCAGAAUGUUCGCCUGGAGGUUCCGUGCGAUUGCAGACCGGGCCAGAAGAAGUGUACCUGCUACCGGCCCAACCGCAAAGAGACCUGGCUCUUCUCCCGGUUCUCCACGGGCUGGAGCUGCGGCUUGCACGCCGACUGGACCGAGCUGACCAACUGUGUUCCGGGGGUCCUCAACAAGAAGGAGAGCAAGCAGAAAAACCUAAGGAAGUUCUACUACAUCACUCUGCUGAGAGACCCCGUGUCGCGUUACCUGAGCGAGUGGAGGCAUGUUCAGCGAGGAGCCACGUGGAAAACCUCCCUCCACAUGUGCGACGGACGCACCCCGACGCCGGAGGAGCUGCCCUCCUGCUACGAGGGCUCCGACUGGUCCGGGUGCACGCUGCAGCAGUUCAUGGACUGUCCCUACAACCUGGCCAACAACAGACAGGUGCGUAUGCUGGCAGACCUGAGCCUCGUCGGCUGCUACAACAUGUCCACGGUUCCGGAGAAGAAGAGGGCGCAGCUCCUCCUGGAGUCGGCCAAGAAGAACCUGCGAGACAUGGCCUUCUUCGGUCUGACGGAGUACCAGCGGAAAACCCAGUUCCUGUUCGAGCGGACGUUCAGGUUGCGCUUCAUCAGGCCCUUCAUGCAAUACAACAGCACCCGGGCGUCAGGGGUGGAUCUGGAUAAUACCACGAUCCAGCGCAUCGAGGAGUUAAACGAGCUCGACAUGGAGCUGUACGACUACGCCCGCGACCUGUUCCAGCAGCGCUACCAGUACACGCGGCAGCAGGAGCGGCGGCAGCAGCGCAUCAAGCACCACAUGCAGCAGCAGCUGCAGAGCCACCAGGGCCUGGGCCUGGGCGUCAGCCUGUGGCCCUCCCGCAACCGCCAGAGCUCCGUGCCGACGCUGGAGGACGGCGAAAUGGAGCGCGAGGAGCGGGAGGAGGGGGGCGAGGAGGCGGGGGGCCGGACGGAGGAGGCGGGCAGCCGGCUCCCCACCGAGGACUACAUGAACCAGAUCAUCAACCGCUGGUAGCAGCCGAAUGAGAGCGAACACGCAGACAUGUGGUGCAUAAUGUAACAGGAACGGCCCCCACACACACAUACACACACACACACACACACAGACACACACAGACACACAGAAGGUGGCACCUGCAUCAAAGACCCAAAUAAAAGACUUAACCAGAGAGUUGGGCUGCGGGAAUGAGAGUCCAAGUGGUUGCUAUGGAGACCAGGGCUUGGUCGAUUGCAUCAGCUCAUGCUAUUGAGGUUCGCCCAGUUGUUAAUAGCAACCGCUUACCCUUUCCCCCCCCCCACACUUAGUUCAUGUCUCUCUCAUCUUCAUCAUCAUUACUGACUGAGCAGAAGAGAGAUGUUUAUAAGAGUUGCUGACAACACAUCUCGUCCUCGUCCUCGUCCUCGUCCUCCUGCCGUGUCCCUCUCGUUCUCCGUGGCCUGAUGUGGAGCAUGAGAACAUUAAGAAACUAAAGUCUGUGAAUUCUUGCUUGUCCUUUUGCUAAGGACCGGUCGACUACCUGGACGCUCCGAUUUGAAAAAGAAACUGGGAGGAGGAAUGAGAGUAUGUGCAUAGCUGAGCUUGAACAAAGAAGAUAAAAAAAACAAAAACAAUGGGAAUCCACGAGACUGUGCUGUAAAGACAGAAGAUGGACUGAGUUGUGUAAUGAAAGAAAAAAAAAAAAAUCAGCCAUUUCACCCAUGAACACGCUUCGUUCAUGAAAUAGUGACUCAUUUUAGGAUGAUGAUUUUAUUUUUGUUUGUUUGUAUUUUCCUUUUGUGUUUGUUGUUUUUUUUUUUUUUAAAGCAGAAUUGUAAUGACACUGAGACCAAUAUUGCUGCCUAAAGGACAAGUGAUUCCUUUUAUUUCUUUAUUUUUGUUUCUUAAAGUCAAAGAUAAUGGGACGGGAAGGACGUGCCGUGGACCAUAGCCAUUACUGAAGCCUUGUAUCCUGGGGGGGCAGAAAGACAAAAGUGUCCUGUUUCUCUCUUCAAGCUUCCCAAAGCAUCUGCCGCUCGCUAAACUUUCGUUAUUUCUCCCUUUCUGUCGUAUGUGUGUGUGUGUGUGUGUGUGUGUGUCUCAGUCCCACAGAGACUGCGAGCCAAUUACAGACCCUGAUUUCACAUGUAGGUGCGAAGGAACCAAAGGGAGGGAGAGAGGAGACAGUCUGCUGCGGGUUGUUGCCAAGAACCCGCGCAGUUAGUGUGAGCGGCGAGCGCUUUUGGAAGCUUUCACUCAGACAAACGCUCGAGAUGGGAGUUGUGGAACUGCUGGUCACCAUGGCAAUGUGAGCCCUUAAUGUAGUGGGUGGCAUUUUCAGUUUCUCCCUCUUUUUUUUAAUUUUUUUUUUAUUAUUAUUUCUCUGACCAAGAGCGUUGUUAAAGCUGCGCCGUGUCUGGAACGAGCGUCCGUCCCACCUGCUGAUAAAGGGCGCGCGUUGCUCUGGUGACCCGCAGUUCGUUAGUGCGACCGAAAUCUCAGCCACCGUGACCCUGAUGGGAGAGAGAGAGAGGACGAGGCGAGGUAGCAGUGCCUCUAUGUACUUGGAUCAUAGUCAACAUAACUAUUGCCAGAUAUUAUAUCUAUUACAGUCAUUUCUCUGACUACUCGUGUGCGUGUGUAAAUAGUAUGUUGAGUAUGCCUUUGAUUGGUGUGUGUGUGUGUGUGUGUGUUUGUAAAUAGUGUGCCUGACUGAAAGAGAAUGUGUGCAGAGUUUUGUCAACGACUAGUUUUCAUGGCCAAUUAUCUUGCAGCGGAGGAAGCUAAAGUCCCGCUGACAGCAGUGUCGCAGUGAGACGAUUGCCCCCGGUCCCUUAGCCGUUAUCUUCAUUUCUCUCGUUUCCUCCAUUACUGGGUUACAUAUGAAGACUCCAUUGAACUAUAGGAUUAAGCCCAAAAAUCUCAACUGAUGUUUCAAAGAACUCCGUGUCCGUGCUGCAGCGUUGGGUCAUGAUAGCCGGCUCCAUUUUCAAAUCAAAUUCCGAUCCCUAGUGUCAAUGACAGUUCCAUUAACGGUUGGUUGAGGACUGGGCAAUAACAACAAUGACCACAAUAUGAUUUGAAUAAUAAUAACAAAGGUUCUGUACGCGCUGGUAAAUCAAUAGAAUGUUUCUGCAUCGUGCAAACACACUUUGAGAUGAAGCAUUGUAUUCCUUUUUUAAAUGUUUCAUAGUUUAACGGGUUUAUCUCUGUCACUCAAGAGCAAAACUAGGAUUGUUUUUAGUAUGUAUGACCCUAUUGUCAGAACUGUUGUUUUGCCACGUCGCCCCGCCCAGAAACAUUAGCCAUUAGCUCCGUUUCGGCUACGGCCGCCGAUAAAACGCCAAUAACGAUGAUGGGAUCCUGAUUUUUAUCAAAACCCAACCCUAUUCGCACGAAAAAGGAAUCUGAGCAAUAACAACGAGGAGAAGUCAAAGUGAAUGUAGUCCAGAUUUUUAAGGACGCACGCAGAUGAACUGCUGCUUCUUUCAGCAUCAUCACUAUAAAUAAAUACCGUGUUGUUAACAACGCGGCGAUAAGAGAAACCGUUUAACUGCCCGCCGUCGUCCUCGUUACAUUUCCAUCUAAUCGCCCUGGAUGCUCCGGUGUCUUUAUUUUUUUUUGAUCUUCUCUCUCCUUUUUAAAACAGUGGUGAUUUAUGAAGGGAAGAGCAGAAUUAAAGAGGGGGCAGAUGAUGAUGAUGAUGAUGAAAGGUAUUGGGACACAUCCAGAGUUGAUGUGCUGCCUUUUUGUGUGUGUGUGUGUGUGUGUCGCCUUCAAAGUAGUACAAUGGGGACGGAGAAAAUGGAUAUGGAAAGAGAGAGAUGUUCCUUUUUUGUUUCAUUUUAAACUCCCCCCCCCCCCCCCUCCCUCCCUUCAUUGUUGUCUUGAAACCGGAGCUCCUCAGCUCCAGGCACUUUGCCCAACAAUUGUCCGCCUUGUAUUAGAACAUGUUUGAACUUCAAACCAGUAUGUGGCUCUUCAUUAGUGGUUAACCACAGAAGACAAAGACCUAUAAAUGUCCAAUUUUUUUUUUUAGUUUCAGAGUUCCCUGUUUUUCAAGCGAACGUCUGAUUUCGACAAAUCCCUCCCCCACCUGAACAACCGUGUGUCUUUCUUUUUUUUUUGUUGUUGUUGUUGCUGAAAUUAUUCCAGACAUUGAUGCUGUAAAGCUAUACUCAAAUAUGUUAUGUCUCAUCACGAUGUAUAUCUAAUGUCUUAACAGCGUUUUGCUUUGGCGACAGUGAAGCAGCCCAGGUGUCACUAGCAUCGUUCCUCCUUUGUGUUUCCAUUAAAAGAGAGUGUGAUAGAGACUAUAUAUUUUUAUUUUUUUCCCCCUUUCAGAUUGAUGUUAAGUCCUUCUCUGGCUCUGUCUGUAUGCAUAAUUCUGGGUUUGUUUCUUAUGAUUGCAAAAAUGACUCAUGAAAACCACCAAUUAAAAAUAUUUCAUUUUUACA